GCUUCCCCCCCGCUAAGGAGCGGCUUCGGCACCUGCUGCGGCGGCUCUGGUCAUGGUCGCGCUGCUGGCGCUGGCUGCGCUGCUGGGGGUGUCCUCGGCCGCACUGGAGGUCCACGUGGGGACAGGUGCCGUCUUCUCAGUGGAGGGGCAGCAGGCGGUGCUGCCCGCCUGGUUCACCAGCCACUCCCAGAAGAAGCCCUAUGUCACCUGGCUGCUGGACAAGGAGGAUGCUGACCCCUUCCAGGUGGGAACCUGGGUGAUAGAGGUGACAACAUGGGAGGUGGCCAAGAUCCUGACCUACCUGGACGGAGUGGUGAAGGUGGAGGAGACAGAGCUGAAGCCCCGCCUGGGCUUCCUCUAUCCCCUCCUCACCCACAACAUCUCACUCUUCAUCAACGCCACCCAGGAGCGUGACUCAGGCCAGUACAUGUGCACAGUCAACGUGGUAGAUGAUGUCACCAGCACAGGCAAGAACGUCGGUGUCAUCAACCUAACUGUCCUAGUGCCACCGGCCCUCCCCACCUGCCGCCUGCAGGGCCACCCCGCUGUGGGCACCAACAUCACCUUGAGCUGUUCCUCAGAGAAGGGGAAGCCACAGCCCACCUACCAGUGGCACCGCACAGCCCCCACCAUGCAGGUCUUCUUCCCCCCUGCCCAAGAUCAGGCCAAGGGCACCCUCAAGUUGACCAACCUCUCGCUGGACAUGGCAGGGGUCUAUGUCUGCAAGGCCGAAAACCGGGCAGGGUCAGCUGAGUGCAGCAUCCUCCUGGAAGUGCACUCAACAGGUAGCGCCAAUGCCGUCAUCGCUGGGGCAGUGCUGGGCUCCCUGGGCGCCCUGGCCACCGUCAUCUUCUUCACCCGGCGGAUGGUGGGCUACCGGCGCAAGAAACGGGACAGCCAGGAGGAGGUGGCCAAUGAGAUCAAGGAAGAUGCCACUGCUCCCAAGACCCCCAUGUGGGCCCGCAGCCCCCCUGCUGACGCUGUCUCCAAGACCAGCACCUUGUCCUCCCUCGCCAGCGCUCGUGAGAGAACCUACGGUGCCCACCCCCCACUGGACACCCACCGGGGACCCCCCCCCCGCCCUGCAGGGCGCCCAGGCCCCCCUCCAGCUCUCAAUGGGACCCCUCCCCGCCGCCACCCCAAUCCCCCCACCCUAACACGGGUAGGUGCCAUCCCCGUCAUGGUGCCAGCGCAGAGCCGGGCCGGUUCCUUGGUGUGAGACCCACCCCACACCCCCCCAAAAAAAAAAGGGGUGCCCAUAGCCCCCCUCCCACCUCCCCUCCCCCAUUUUCUGGGGUGGUUUUUUUCCCCUUUUUUGGAAUUGUUUUCCGGUUUUUUUAAUCAUUUUUUGAACGAUGCCGCGAGCAGCUGGACUUGUGGGGUUGUUUAAUGGGAGGGGUGAGGGAAGGGCUCCCCAGGACGGGGCUGUGGCUCCCUGUAAAUAAAGCCCCCCAAAACUGCCUGGCCCUGCCCAGGGGGCGGGGGGGGGGCUGUUUUGGUUUUUAUAUAUAUAUAUAAAUAUAUAUAAAUAUA